AUGUUCAAGCCAUUCAAUGACGCAAUCGUUUCAAGUCCCUCCUUCAUCACUACAGUUUCCCAUGACGAGUUGUACAGUCAUUUGACAAGCAGCCUUUCAACUCUCGAUACCUCAGCUAUCAUUACUGCCACAUCAGCUCCAUCUACUUCUCUCUGCCUCUGUCCCUAUCCCAACGCUGGACCACCAUUUUCCCUUCCUUUGCUUCCACUUCAAUUCCCAUUCUGUUGCCGUUCACCUUCUGCACCACUCAUUAGCUCUCCCACGCCUCAGUCCUAUCGUCUCGAUACCCUUCCUACGGCGAGUCUGGCGUCGGCAAUAAUAGCAGCGGAGGUAAAGGAGCAUCAGCAGUCGGCUUUAGCGUCCCAUUUGACCGGAAAACGAAAAUUCAAGAGCGGUAGCGAUACGACAGAAGGGCAGAUGGUAGCUGGCGGGGAUCCCAAGCGCUACCGUACAUCUUACUCGCCAUACCAGAGCAGGAUACUGGAAGAGGUAUUUCAGACUGAGCGCUACAUUUCACGACCCCAGAGGGCUCAGCUAGCGACUCAACUACAGCUGCCGGAGAAUACGAUUAAGGUGGAUGUCACGAUUUAUAAAUUGUACCGUGAGCAGGCAGUAUUCAAAUAG